UCAAGUUGAACGUUGUGGGAAGAGAGUCAUAUGUUAGUUUGAAGAUUAUACUGAUAUCUACAGACAUGUACAGGCGUAACUAUCCCGAUGAUCCUGGAAUGCAUAAUAUGAAUGAUCGACACACUCGUACCACCUUUAGGAGGAAUGCUACGUUUUUUGAAAGGAUUGGAAACAGCUGUGCUGGAAUUUUGAUUGGAACUGUUUUAUUGUUUAUUGCGUCAGGACUUCUAUUUUUCAAUGAGGGACGAGCGGUUCAGACUGCACAAUCCCUAGAUGAAGGUUUAGCCAGUGUAGUUCCCUUGGAUAACAUUGAUGUGGUGUUUGACCAUAAUAAUGGUAAACUUGUUCACCUCACUGGCAAGUUAAAGACUGACAGGGUAUUGACAGAUUCAACUUACAACAUAGCAGUACACGCCGUCCACCUGAAGAGAACGGUAGAGAUGUUCCAGUGGGUGGAGCAUCAGAGUAAAACAGAGUACAAUGAAGGCAGUCAUACCAGGACAGAAACUACCUAUUCCUAUUCACAGGAAUGGCGGUCAGAUCUUGUGAGAAGUGUACAGUUUGAUAAUGAAUUCAGUCAUCGAAAUCCAACAUCUAUGGCUGUCCAGUCGAAGACACAGACGGCACAUCUGGUGAAUGUUGGACCAUUUCAAUUAUCUACAGGAUUGGUGGGCAAGAUUUCCAACUUUAAGCCUGUGGAUGGUCAAUUACUUACCCAACCUGGUGAUCCAAAUAUCCACAUUUUGGAUGGUUACUUUAUUCACAGCUUAAAUCCAAUGAGUCCACAGGUAGGUGACUUGAGGAUUAAGUUUGAGUAUGCAGGCCUCAGUGGACAAUCCAUGAUGGGAGAUGCAGACAUUGUGAGUAUAGUGGCAAGACAGCUGGGAGAUCAACUGAAAAGUUACAGUACUGUGGCAGGGGAUGUUCUGGAAAUGCUGUACCCUGGGGCUUUGUCUGCCAAGAAAAUGUUUGCCAAAGAACAAAGCUUCAACACUGUUGUGACUUGGGCCCUAAGAUUCGGAGGCUGGCUUCUCAUGUUUAUCGGUUUUGGAUGUUUAACAAGUAUAAUCACCACUCUAGUUGAUUGGCUGCCCAUUAUCCGAGACCUGGUCGCUGCUGGUGUGACGAUUCUGAAUUUGUCAUUGUCAAUCAGUCUGUCUCUAACCGUGAUUGCUAUUGGCUGGAUCCGGUAUCGCCCCCUUCUUGGUAUCAGCAUAUUAGCACUGGCAGCCACGCCUUUCAUCAUGUCAAAGUUCCGACGGCAACACCAGGGGACAGCCAGGUAUCCAUAGCAACUGUGCUAUUGAGCUGUAAUUUUCUAUGUUAGGAAAUUAUUGGUGUGAUCUCUAUGACUUGGCUUUGGUAAUAGGAUGAAUAUAUUCAAACUUGAUUAGGUAUGCUUUGUUAUUAACUACAGAACACUUGUACUAAAAUUAUUCUAUAAGUGAUACUAACUCUUUAUAAAAAAUAGUUAUAUAUAGAUACAUGAUUUAAGUUGUUAUUUCUGAUUUUCUAAAGUUUAUAACUUAUUGGCAUUUAU